AUGGACUACUCGGCCUACAUUGAGUCUUAUAACACCGCAAAUGCCGAGCGAGCCACGGCCCUACGGUUUUUCACUGAAGAUGUGGUUCUGGAAGACGGGAAGAAUCAAGUGAAGGGACGUGAAGCAGUCAUUAAGCAAUUGGAGGCAGCCCAUGUUGGAAUCAGUGAAUCGCUCCACAUUAUUUCCUGGGCACAGGCUGGAGAGACUGUACUAGCUGAACUUGACGGGCACUUCGUUAGCCAUGAGGAUACACCUGAUCAUUUUUUCUACCCAUUCAAGAAGGAUGAAAAGGUGCGUUUUCGGUUCAUGGCGGCAUAUACCUUGGCUGGGGGCCGGUUCUCGCAUAUGCGUAUCACGUAUUGGCAGUCCCCCUUGUCUGAUGAGUAG